GGCUCUGGAUGGCUGUUUAAAUGCGUGUGGACGUUUCAAAGCAACACUUCUUUACAGCAAAUUAGGUGGCUUAUUGCAACCUGUUCUUAUCAGAAAAAUGGUUCCGAAGAAGGGUGAAUACUGAGUAAUCCAAGCUGAUGCCUGUGCUUUGGUGUGACUUUCUCCCAGUAAGAAAAAUGGCCAAGCUCUAGGAAUCGCAGCAAACACCCUCCAGGUGUUGGGAAAGAUUAACCCCUUGGCCCCUGCAGACAAGCCUUGGAGAGCCCAGCUGGCAGUGACAGGUGCCAUGCUGCUGGCCUCCAGAGGUUAUCCUCCACCUGCUUCUUGCUGGGAAGCUCCAGAGGAGCCUUCAGACUUCACUAAAUGCUGCAAAGACUCUGGCUUUCUUAUGGUGGCAAAAUGUCGGAGAGAAAAUUCAGCAUUAAAAGAAUGCCUAACUGCACACUAUAAAAACCCAGAUUUUUAUGAAGAAUGCAAAAUGGAGUAUUUGAAGGAAAGAGAAGAAUUCAGAAAAACUGGAAUUCCUACUAAGAACAGGUUACAGAAGCUUCCUACAAGUAUUUAGCAAAAUAGUUAAUUAUGAAUGGUUUUGACCCUAAUUCUAGUGGCAAGAAGUCAGUAUCUUUGAUUUGUUCUUUAAUAUCAUGGAAGAAUUUAUUUCUGUUGGUUGAAAUAAAUAUCUUUUAUUAAAUUUUUAUAUCCUUUAAAGUUUUAAUUUAUUGGUUAGAGGAUGCAUGACUAGCAGAAGGAAUGUUUUUAUGGAGAAGAUGGAUAUACUCUAUUUUCCUCCAGACUGUAGACUUAAACUGCUGGUUUCUAACCUACUUUUCCACAGUUUUACACUGCUUCCCUUGUGUUAUACUAUAUUUUUAAGCACUUUGUAUCCUUGAAUCAUUUUAUAAAUGAAUGGAUGUAUUUGUUUCAUUCCACUGAUAAUAAAAUUUGAGAGCUUA